UCGUUUGCGAACGACCCACAGCGAGCGCACCAGCCUCAUCUUUACGGCGAAGCGAAACGGCACUUUUUUCCCUCCUCCAGCCGAGCUCCGGGUUCGAUUCCGCUCGCCCAGUGGCCAAUAAAACCAAGCUGACAGUACCGGCGGCUGUUGAUCCACACUUCGCCGGUUCCCUCCUUCGGGAUGUCUUUCCUGGAUAAGCCGGCGCCGAGGAGGCUCGUGUUGGACGACACAGUCCCGCUGACGGCGGCGAUAGAAGCCAGCCAGAAGCUGCAGUCUCACACGGAGUACAUCAUCCGUGUCCAGAGGGGUGUGUCCUCGGACAACAGCUGGCAGGUAAUACGGCGCUACAGUGACUUCGACGUGCUCAACAACAACCUGAUGGUGUGCGCCAUCAGUCUUCCUCUCCCGCCUAAGAAGCUGAUAGGAAACAUGGACCGGGAGUUCAUAGCCGAAAGGCAGCGAGGCCUCCAGGCCUACCUGGACGCCGUUACCCAGCAUCCUUUGCUCUGCGGCGCUCUGCCUGUCAAGAAGUUCCUGGACCCAAACAACUACGCUGACAACUACUCAGAGAUCGCCCUGCAGCAGGUCUCCAUGUUCUUCAGGUCGGACCCCAAGUGGGAAGUUGUGGAGCCCCUCAAAGAUAUGGGCUGGAGGAUCAGGAAGAAAUAUUUCCUCAUCAAAAACAAAGUGCAAGCCAAAGAGAGGUAUCUGCUGAGCUGGGUGGACCUGGGUCCUGAUAAGUUCCUGUCAGAUAAAGACCUGCAGUCCGCCAUGAAGCUCCUUGCCAGCCUCUCCAGUCCAUACAUGUACCCGCUGUUGUUCUCCAGCACCAGUGAGUCUUCAGCACUUCUCAUCAGGCCUUUCAGCGAGGCCGGCUCGCUCAGAGACCACAUCUGUAAGGUGAAGCCCAGAGAGACCUACUUGAAGAAGUACGGCAACCCCAAGAAGAGUCAGGGUCUUGAACUAGCACACAUCAAACUGUAUGGCCGCCAGAUACUGGAGGCCCUGCGACUCCUCCACGACGGCGGCUUAUUUUACGGCCACCUGCACGCCUCAAACGUGACGGUGGACCAGGGCACGUGUCGACUGACUGACGUGGAGAACGGCAUGCUGGGAGUUCCCUCUGUCCUGCGACCUGCCUUCACCCACUUCAGGAAAAUCAACACCACAGAAAGCAUCGACGUCUUUUGCUUUGGUCACUUACUCUACGAGAUAACUUAUGGACGACCCCCUGCCAGCGUUCCAGUGGACCACUAUCCUACCAACCCCUACACUGCUGUGGUGUCAGUGCUGCAGUCCAUCCUGUCCACAGAGGCGUGUAAGUCAGGAAUGCCCACAGUGUCACAGCUCAUCCAGACACCGCUGUUCUGUCACGUCCAGUUGCAACACUCCGAUAAAGUCCAGAUCAAAGUCCCCAGCAGGCUGAAGGAUGCUCUGAAGACGGCCAAAGAUCGUUUAGAGAAGCGUCUGCAGGGGGAGCAGAGAGUGCUCCACCAGCACAGGAGGCUGACCAGAGCUCAGUCUCAUCACGGCUCAGAGGAGGAGAAGAAGAGGAGGAAGAUUCUGGCGAGGAAGAAGUGCAGGCAGUCCACUUACGAGAAUGAAGACGACGUCUCUGUUCGCAACAAUAACAACUCUGGCUCUGGCGCCAGUUCCCCUCCCACAUGCCCCUCUUCCCCCACCCCCCCGCCUUCUACAGGUGGCCCGACGGCCCCUCCUCCCCCUCCUCCCCCACCCCUUCCCACGCUGGACAACGCGCAAUCACGCUCGGACGGUCCCGGCGGAGGACGCACCGCCUUGCUGAGCUCCAUCCAGACCUUCACUAAAGGCCAGCUGAGGAAGGCGGAGACAACAGACCGCAGCGGGCCCGCCCUCUGACCUCUGACCCCCGUCCCGACUGGACCGCCACACUUUCCCUGACAUGUGAAGACCAAUCCCUUUUCAAGACAAUCCAAAUAUCUAUUUACAAUUCCAUUUUUUUGGGUUGAAACAUUUAUUUUUAUUGAGUGGCACCUGGGGAUAGGUUGAUUGACAACACUAAAUUGGCCCUAGGGCAGUGGUUCUUAACCUUGUUGGAGGUACCGAACCCCACCAGUUUCAUAUGCGCAUUCACCCAACCCUUCUUUUUUCAAAUUCAAGACAAAAUUAUUAUGUUUUUGGUAACACUUUAGUAUGGGGAACUUAUUCUAAGUAACAAAGACUUAAUUUAGAGUUAUUUGGACACUAGGGGAACAUAUUCUAAGUAACAAAGACUUAAUUUAGAGUUAUUUGGACACUACGGGAACAUAUUCUAAGUAACAAAGACUUUAUUUAGAGUUAUUUGGACACUAGGGGAACAUAUUCUAAGUAACAAAGACUUAAUUUAGAGUUUUUUGGACACUAAGGGAACAUAUUCUAAGUAACAAAGACUUACCGGUAAUUUAGAGUUUUUUGACACUAUAGGGAACAUAUAAGUAACAAAGACUUAAUUUAGAGUUAUUUGAUUGGGGUUCGGGCCAGGGUUCGAGGGUUAGGGCCAGGGUUCGAGG